AUGGCAUUUUUCCUCCUACCUCGCGAUGACAACGAUGACAACGAUGGCAAGUUUGUCUGUCUGCGGCCAAAACCAAACGAGCACGGCGAUACGCUUUCGAUCGGAAUUACCUUUCACCAAUUAGCAGAAUAUAUGACCAUGGCUUGCUUGGGUCUCACCACCAUAAGUGCCCUGUUGCUGAUCUGGAAACACCUGCACCGCUAUACACGACCGAAAGAGCAACGUCAAAAUAUCCGUAUUAUCGCCAUGCCAGUCUUCUUCUGUGCUGUCUCGCUGGUGUCAAUCCUGUUUUACGACGAUUCCAUCUACAUUGUUCCUAUAAUGGGUGUCUACGAAGCCUUUUGUAUUGCUGCUUUGUUCCUCCUGUUCCUGGAGUUUGUCUGUCCCGAUGAUGAAGCACGACCAAAGUACUUUUCCAAUCUUGAGAACAAGGAUAAGAAAGGCAAUGUCAUACCUGGCGGUAGUCUGAAAUGGUUCAAUCACAUAUAUUUCAUGGUAUUCCAAUACCCUUUGACCAAGACCAUAUCGGCCGGAAUCCAGAUUGGAACGCAAGCAGCAGACGUCUACUGCCCCAACUCACUGAGUCCGAAAUAUGCGCAUAUUUGGCUUAUGUUGCUCGAUCUAUUCGUCAUUGGCGGCGCUAUCGGUGGAGUCUUUGGAUUCUACGCCCGGCUGAAAAGCGAACUCAACCCCGAAUACCACGCCUUGGGCAAACUCGUUUGCUUCAAGGGCAUUGUCAUCCUCCUCUUCUUCCAAGAUAUCAUCUUUGGCUUCCUAAAUUCGAAGCUGUUCAAACCAACUGCGACCCUAACCUUUGACGAUCUCUAUUUCGGCAUGCCUCUCCUCCUCACAGCCAUCGAGGCCACGGUCGUCUCUUUCACCUUCCACUGGGCCUUCGGCUCUCGUCUCUACCACGAAGACCACAUUCCCGGGCAGCAACGUAUGCCGAUUUGGCGCGCCAUCUUUGACGCCAUGAACCUGUCCGAUAUCGUUCGAGCCACGGUCAGAGCGUUCGGACUCUUGAUCAGUUUGGACUCUGCAGCCAUUCAAUUGGGAUCCUCCAAGUUCAAAACUCCCAGCAGGCAGCGUACACUCCAACUUGAGAACAUGGGCCGUGAACCGCUCACCCAACAACACUAUGGCCAUGGCUACACCAAUUCAGAAAUCGAUACCCACUACCAGCCAUCCAGCUAUCCUUCACCAACGGCCCAACAGACUCAGCGAUAUUCAUCGGGCGCGCCGCUGGCCUUUCAGCAAGAACAAGCUGAAGGCCUGGUAGGCCGAGGGCUAUACGGUUACUCGUCUGUUGGCGAACGAGAUCCGUCACCAGGCCCAAGUUACAAUUGUCCCAUCACUACUCGUGAUGUUGCUUGA